ACCCAACAGUGCUUUUCAUUUUGCAGAUUUGCCAUGGCUCUUUCUGGUAUCCUGACAGAAGCUGAAAUUGCUGCUGGCCUACAGAGCUGUCAAGCUGCUGACUCGUUUGAUUACAAAACCUUUUUUGUCAAAGUGGGUCUCAACUCCAAGUCCAAAGACGAACUCACCAAAGUCUUUGACAUUCUUGACCAGGACAGGAGUGGAUUUAUUGAGGAAGAGGAACUGAAACUUUUCCUGAAGCAUUUCUCUGCCAGUGCCAGAGCUCUGACUGAUGCUGAGACCAAGGCGUUCCUGGCAGCAGGGGAUAGUGAUGGAGAUGGAAAAAUUGGAGUGGAUGAGUUUCAAGCUCUGGUCAAAUCUUAA